GUAUUUGACUGUGGUGACCUGCAUCCGGGACCGUGUGGUGGUUGGUCGGAUCGCAUGUCCGGCAUGUUCAGCGCUUACGUCAUUUCCGUUUUACUAAAGAAACGUUUCCUUGUGACUUACUCACGACCAAGUAAUUUUACAGAUUAUAUUAUUCCCAAUUCAUUUGAUUGGAGAUACAACUCCUCUAUUCUUUCUGGUCGAACUUCUUUAUUUCUGAAUUUCUUCUGCAGAGUUCCAGUUCCUAUUAGAAACAAGGAUACUAAAAGUCUUGGUAAUAUUUUUAAAGCUGACGUCACUUUUGUUCGUAUGAACUGGGAUUACACUUUACACUUUAGAAGAUUUAAAAGUCUACAUAAAGCUAUCCCAUGGAUUUUUAAUUUACAGUUUGCUGAUAUCUAUGUAAAAUUUUUCAACACACUCUUCAAACCUGUUGACGAUAUUGUCGAAACUAUAAAUAAGACAUUAAGAUCUGUAACAAAGCUAGCAUGCGCUCACAUUCGUAUGGGCGGAAAUGAAACUCAAGAUCACCAAAGAACAGACAGAAAACAGCUGAUACACAUAUGGAAUUUUCUCAAGACAAAGGAGGAUAAUUAUAGUAUCUUCAUUGCAACAGACUCCGAGUUGGUGCGAAAUACAGCCAAAUCAUUAUUCAAACAGAUCCUGGAGGUCAAGGGUCGUAUCCUACAUAUAGACCAAAAUCCUGCUGGGAGCGGUGUUACUAAUGGUUACAAAAAAGUAGCGACAGAUUUUUUUCUUCUUUCGAAAUGUGAUGUUUUGAUGUUAACGAGGAGUGGAUUUGGAAUGAUGUCCGCCUACUUGAAUACCAAUAAUCCCAGUCUAUACUGCCUAGUGAAAGAUGAGGUCGUGCCCUGCUCGCGUUAUACACUGCACAAUUACUACCCUGGCGAAAUACUUUCCCCAUACUAG